AGCCAGGCAGAGCUGGGUAUUAUCAAUGCUGCCAUUCACUCAAUCCUGCAGCGAAAUAUCGGCUAAAUACUCCCCUGCGUAAUGGAUAUUUUUACCUCUCGUCAUAUCGUUUAAAGGAGAAACGUUCUGUGUUUUUAAGAUAAACAUGAAUUCUCAUGUUAUCACCCCAGGACCGUACCGGGCCACCAAACUUUGGAAUGAGGUGACUCGCUUGUUUCGGGCUGGUAUGCCCCUCAGAAAACACCGCCAAAGCUUCCGGCACUACGCCUCUUGCUUCACCGCCUCAGCCGCUGUGGAGUGGAUGCACCAGCUGCUAUGUAACAACAGCAAUUUUGGCCCCGAUGUCACCAGGCAGCAGACAGUGCAGCUCCUGAAGAAGUUUCUAAAGAACCACGUGAUCGAAGACGUGAAGGGUCGUUGGGGCUCCGAGGAUUUGGAGGACAACAACACUCUGUACAGAUUCCCCACCACUUCCCCUCUGAAACCAAUUCCCUGUCCAGUUUCAGGCUCGGCUCCUGGCUCUGUUAAGAAAAGGCCUUCAUUCAGGGACAGGGAAGGUUUCUUCAAGUUUAGGGGUAUCAAGAAGCAACAUGAGAAGGAGACGCAGGAAAAUGUAGAUCCUGCUCUCCAAGCAGGAGGAGAGAAUCAGCCAAUAGGAGAGCAGCAGGUGCCAAGGCGAGAGCUGACAGUUGAGGAUGAACAGGAGAUUUGGAGAGACAUCACCAUGACCCACCUGCAGAGGAUUCUGAGCGUUGCAUCUCUGGAUGAGGUUUUAGACCAGCGUUAUGUGAACCCGCAGAACAUCCUCCAUAAUAUGAACAACGUCAACAAGCAUGGGGUGGUCACUCUGGACGACAAAACUAAUGACCUCCCACACUGGGUUCUGUCUGCCAUGAAGAGCCUGGCCAACUGGCCAAAGUACGACAGCGCACAGCCGUCCUAUCCCGGCUUUGAGAGAGACGUCUUUAAAACUGUGUCAGAUUACUUCUACAGCCUUCCGCAGCCUGUACUCACAUAUGAGCUGUAUGAACUGUUCAUCAACGUCCUGGUGUUUUGCGGGUACGUCGCAGCGCCCAACACGAUACACCAACGUGGGAAACGCAAGAAGCUCGACCUCCCCUCGGCCCCACCUCCAGCCAAGACUUCCUUCCGCUCCACGGAGUGUCUCCUCCUGUCCCUGCUCAGACAGGGAGGGUGUGACGAGACGGAGUCCCCAAUGACAGAGGUGCUCGGUGGGAAGCUUCAGUCGCGGUUGGCGGCGCUGAAAGGCGGCGAGGGUCAGUUGGGAGGCAGCUGCACCAGUCUGAGUACAGCUUCUUUUUCGAGGCCUCGAACCAGGAGUUGCUCACUUGAAACUAUCCUAGAUGACUCUGCCCCUCUCACCAGGCAACAGCUGUUUCUGUCCAAUGAGAGCCUGGCGUCCUGCACCCAUAGCAACAUGAACCAGGAUGACAGUAUAGCAAACACAAGUCAUACAGACCAUACCUCUGUUUCCAAAUCAACCCCUUUUACCUCAGGAGCCAAAAUCAGAAAUAGACUCUCAAUUGCACAGAGGUCCCGCUUCCUGCGACCACGCAGCAUGGGCAGCUGUUUAGACAUUGUCAUAGAAACAAAGGAGGAAGACGUCAAAGAGUCCAAGUUGCAAGAUCGCGCGACCAGCUGCAUCAACGUGAACACUCCCGCAGACCAGCAUCACUUCUCCUCCUCAGCUUCACGCCCUCCUUCGUUGCCCUCCUAUACUCCCGCCUUUUCCUCCUAUGCUCCUUUCUCCUCCUCCUUCUCACUUGCUUCGGCCAAAGUACAAGGCUCCCGUGCAACUACAGGACCCAGCGGGCCCAGACCCGCCUCCAGCACCUCUAAUCUCUGGACGCUCCCUGCACCUGCUGUUGUCCGCCGCUGCCUCAGCUCCCUCGAUGUGUCGAAGCUGCAUCGACCUGUUUCACUGUUCAAACCGCCUGUCUGUGUUCCCACACAACCCAAUGCUGAGCACAGCGUUCUCCAGCCUCAGUGCGAGCGCGUGGCCAUCGAGGCCCUGCAGCUUUGCACCCUCCUCCUCCCCCCAAGCUCCCGCAGGAAGUUGCAGCUCCUCAUGAGGAUGAUGUCACGCAUCAGCCAGAACGUUGACAUGCCCCGCCUCCACCCUGCUAUCGGCACCCGCACACUGAUGGUUCACACGUUUUCCGGCUGCGUCCUGGGCAGCGCUGAGGAGUGUGAUUUGGACGAGCUGUUAGCUACCAGACUGGUGUCAUUUCUAAUGGACCAUCAAGAAAGCAUCCUCUCAGUGCCAGAGUACCUGCGCAGUGCUAUCAAUGACCACAUACAGUAUCUGCGCGCCGUACAGGUCCCGAUGGAUGCUGUUUCUAAUGUGGAAGCUUCCGAUGCGGUCUGCGCUCCGAUGCCCAUGUACGCCUUCUGCCGCCAGAUCAGCGGCGCUGAGUUUGAACAGCAAAAGCUGGAAUCUUCCCAGAGGGCCAUGGAGGAGUUGCUUGAGAUGCUGCUGAACAACAAAAACAUGAGCGAGAAGGACAGACGCAAGAAACUGAAGCAGUUUCAGAAGCAGUACCCAGACAUCUACAGUCGCCAGGUUCCUUCCUCAGGCAAGGAAAGUAAGAACAACAUCAAACCGAAGAUUAAACCUCCACUCCUCACCAUCAAGAAGACCAAAGCUUUCAGUAUCAGGAACUAACCAUACAGGUUGGCAGCAUUAUAGAAGCCGCAGCCUGUCCGCUGCAAUAUAACCACACUGAUACUGUGUGUGUGUGUGUGUGUGUGUGUGUGUGUGUGUGUGUGUGUGUGUGUGUGUGUGUGUGUGUGUGUGUGUGUGUGUGUGUGUGUGUGUGUGUGUG